UUUGCUAUUUUUACAAACAGGCAUCAUCAAGAUGUUGAUCUACGUACUGAUUAUAAGCGUAGCUCUACUGUAUUACCUCCUCUGCAAACCUCUCAAGUACUGGGAAAACAGAAAUGUGCCCCACAUCAAACCACGUCCUUUAGUGGGGAACUUCGGACCUCUCAUUGCAGGACAAUGCUCCUUCACGGAAAUGACGCAAAGGAUCUACAACUCGCACCCGAACCAUAGGUACUUCGGGUUCUACCAAUUCCUGUUACCCACACUGAUCGCAAGGGAUCCCGAACUGAUAAGGAAGAUCUGCGUAAAAGGACAUGAUGUAUUUCCGCAACGUCGAAGCGUGCUUUUGGAGAAGGUAGAUCCCCUGCUGGCUAGAAGUCUAGCGUUCAUGAAAGGGGGCGAAAAGUGGAACACACUGCGGACAACGUUGAGUCCGACGUUUACCGGCAACAAAAUGAGGAUCAUUUUUGAUCUGAUUCAGGAUUGUGCGGACCAGUUUGUUGAACACUUCCGUAACAAAGGCGAACUGGUUGAGUUGGAAAUGAAGGAUCAUUUUACACGUUACGCGCAUGACGUUAUUGCGAGUACGACCUUUGGUGUUGUUUCGAAUUCCUUAAGGGAUCGGGACAAUGAGUUUUAUACUAUGGGUCUAAGGGCUUCAGCGUUAUCUCCUUUCAGGGGGUUAAAACUGUUUAUACAAAGCUUCAGUCCGAUGAUGUCUCAGAUACUAAGCCUAAGUGUGGUCCCAAAAGUAGUAGAAGACUAUUUUGUGAGCUUUCUAAGACGCAUCAUGGCGGAACGAAAGGACGGGGGAAAAUUUCGUUUGGAUAUGUUACACUUGCUAAUGGAAGCUAAAAGUGGCAUACUCAAGGAUGACGCAAAUGACGCGGACACGGGGUUUCUUGCAGUGCAAAAGUUUGCGUUGCCCAAAAUACAAACCACAAAUAAACCUCGUAUCACAGACGAAGACAUCGCCUCCCAAGCAUUCAUAUUUUUCAUGGCGGGAUACGACACCACUUCCACGGUAAUGUCCUUCGCCACCUACGAGUUAGCUGUCAACGUGCACAUUCAACAAAAACUUCAACGUGAAAUCGAUGCAACUUUAGAAAGCUGUAACGGAAAACUAACCUACGAAGCUCUGAUGGAAAUGGCAUAUUUGGAACAAAUAGUCUGUGAAACUCUUCGCAAAUGGCCUCCAGUUCCACUCACCGAUAGGUGCGCCGAAAAACCGUUUACGAUAGAGGCCCAGCUCGAUCAAGAGGAAACCGUUCACUUUGAAAAGGGUACCAUAUGCUGGAUUCCAAUUUUUCCAAUCCACAGGGAUCCGAAGUACUACCCCAAUCCUGAAGUGUUCGACCCAGAAAGGUUUCACAAGGACAAUCUCAAGAACAUUACUCCGAAUACAUUUUUACCGUUUGGGGUCGGAGUGAGAAAUUGUAUAGGUUUCCGUUUUGCUCUACUGGAGAUAAAACUAAUCCUUUUCAAGAUACUGAGUAGCUUCGACGUCGUUGUGACGGAUAAAACCCAGAUACCUCUCGUAAUGAGUAAGAUGCGCGUAUUUUUGGCUGGUCAAAAUGGCGUUUGGCUUGGACUGAAACCAAGAAACAAUGGUGACCUCUGAUUGUAUGUUACUAAUUGUCGUGAUUUUUUGAGUAAAGUUUAGCACCACCUAGCGCUCAAGGUUGAUUCAAAACUUCAACCACUUGUACGUUUAAAACCGAGAACCAAGCCUGCAGGAAGUUUUCCUUCUCUGGUCAUUAGAUUGGCCCAGCUCUUGCUCCAUUGUCAAAAACUAUCAACCAAUAAACAUUUUGAGUUGCUCUAUUAUGAUCUAUUGAAUACAUGCCAACUGUUUAUUUUUUUCCAGCAGUACCGCACAUUUGCUGUUAGUCAUUAGUUAAGACUAGACGAUUAUACAGCGUAUUUACCUGUAUGCUUGUGCUCAUCAAUUGUUUGGAGUUUUGAAUGAUGGUUAAAACCUAAUUAAUAAACUGGUUCCAAAUUAAUAUUCAAUACAGUGGAAGAUUGGUUUUUUAUUCCUGUGCAUAAACAAAUUCUCGGGCCCAUUCUCGAGAAUCUAAUGCCGAUUUGCCUGUGUUCGAAAUAAAUACGAUCAACUUUAUAUCAAAACCAGACGAAACCCGAAGACCAACGUUACUUUUGAAUAGAGAAGUGGAAUUUUAACACCCUGUAGAUAGACUUAUGUUUACGUGAACUUUUAGUCAUAAAAUAAGCCAAAGAAUGAUCUCUUUCCGUAUUUGCAUCAUAUUUAGGAACACCCUGUAUAAAGAUAUCCAUUCAACAAGAAGCUGACCUUACCAGGGCCGAGUGGUGCAGAAU